ACCUGCUCAAAGGUUCUCCAAUACAAGCAGCGAUGCGCAGAGCUAGAGAACCAAAUGCUGGAGACAACACCUCGCAGCGAACCAAGUUAUCGUCAGCCGGUCAGCAAGAUAGCUCUCCCGGCUCCAUCUGCACUCUCAGCGGGUACUUCAUCCACUUCGGACCGUCGGGACGAGCGGAUUGCGGACUUGGAAACUGCCUUACGAAGACUUGAUGAAGAGAAACGCAAAUGCGAGAAACUGGUAUCACAAAACAACCUAUUGCGUGACCAACUCGAGGAGUCCCAUCAGUUGAAUGAAGCUCUUACCAAUGACCUGCAGAAGCUCACAAAUGACUGGGAAGGUUUGAGGGAUGAGAUGGCAAUUAAAGAGGAUGAGUGGAAGGAUGAAGAACAGGCAUUCAACGACUACUACUCAAGUGAGCACAAUCGUCUUCUACAUCUCUGGCGAGAGGUGGUCUCGGUCAAGCGUUUCUUCUCAGAGCUUCAGACCAGUACUGAAAGAGAUCUGUACAAAGUGAAGAAUGAGAUUGAAUCCGCUUCUCGUGACCUUGUGGGGACGUUGAGUGGUUAUGCCAUUACUGCUUACGCUACUCAAGGCUCUAAGUUCCAGCCUGAAUCACAACACCAACAGGGUACUACACAGCCUACCUCAGGUUCCACAGCAGAAGGUCUUCGCUUGGAAAUGCAUACUAUCACAUCGCAACGCGAUACCGCUCUAGCAGAACUUCGUGAACGUGACAAUCGUAUACAACGGCUAUUGGGCGAACUGCAGGGCUUGGAGGAGCGUUGUGAAUGCGCCGAGACAUUGUGCUCUGAAGCAGGAAUUAUGCGUUCGGCCCUGGAGGAGGUUGCUCGGGCUCUCAUACAGGACUCUGAAGCCGAUGCCGCUCCGCAACAUCUGCAUCUGUCAGAACGAUCACCAAAACGCGGCGCACCGUCAUCGGGUAAUGCGACAGCGUUCGCCGAGAGCACCAUCUCAGCCGUACAAGCCGCGUUGCACAAAUAUCAGAUACAGAUACACGAGUUGCAGGUGAAAUUGCAAAAUACUAGAGAGCAACUUCUGACCAGUAGGAAGCACUGUGAGGCGGCGGACAGCACUAUAGGAUCUCUGGAGAGCAAAGUUCAAGACUUGCAAGGUAAAUUAGAUCAAGCAAAAACGGAUCUAAACCAACUUAUGCAAGAAAAGGAAUCGAUGCAGAAGACCGUUGAAGCUUUGCGGAUCGAUAAGAACAAUCUGGAACGGAAUCGAGUCGAAAUCAAUGCCAUGGUGGAGUCGUUAACAUCAGAUUACGAGAAACUUCAGAAAAUUAACAGUCGUUUAGAAAAAGGCAUAGAAUCUUUGGAGGGUGAGAAGCGUGCUUUGAACUCCGAAGUGGACCGUUUACAUCGUGAGGCGUCUAACAGAGAAUCUGUUUUGAGAGCCGAAGAGGAGCGCUCAUCACGAAUGCGCUCAGAACUCGUGACUGUAAGAGAGGAUCUUAACAAGAUAGCCUUGGCCAGAGAUCUUUUGGACCAGCAGAAGUUGGAAGCCGACGCAAUAUUGUCCCAGAUGGAGAAAAACAGAAGUGAACUGGAAAUAGAGCUAGAAAGAACAUUAAUAGAGCGUGGAGAUUUCCAAGACCUUGUAGAGAAAUUGCAGAAUGUUGUGAGAAACUUGGAAUCCGAUAAGAAGAAACUACAAGAUGAUGUCAAGAAUCUGGAAGACGAAAGAUCAUCUCUAUCAAAUCAGUCGUCAGACCUACAGGGUGAUCUGAACUCACUCCGCAAAGAGUUACUAGCGGCUGAGCAAAAUAGGAUGGAGUUGGAGGCGGAUAAGGCGUCCUUGUAUGAGAAGAUUAAAUUCCUGGAGGGUGAGAGGGAGAAAGUUGAGAUGGAGUUGCGACAAGUGAUGAGAGAGCGUGGCGAACUUAGUUCCCAAUUGACAGCCAUGGCCCGUAAAAAAGAUACGUUGAAUGAAGAGAUCAUACGUCUGCAACAAAGAUUGGAGCAGGCAAAUGAAACUAUCGGUCGACUGAAUAGAUCUCUGGAUGACCACGUUAAGGACUCCGAGGAAAAACAGCUAAUGAUAGACAAUCUGGAGAAGGACAAACAACAUUUACAAGAGCAGUUAGCGGGGGUUCGCUCAGAGAAGGACGCUUUAGAAGCGGUGCUGUUCGAUACAGCGAAUAUGUUAGAGGACGCGGAUAAUAAGAGGAGCAAGCUGGAACAUGAUUUGCAAGAAACUCUGGUUCAGCAAGAGAACUUUAAAGGACAAAUUGCCCGUCUUACAAAAGAUCUCGAAAAUAGCGAAAAGAAGCUUCGAGAAACAAGAAACAGUAUGUCGCAGCAAUCAGGCAAGAAGGAGGCUGAGUACCAGCAGGUCAUCACCAAUCUCAAUCGGACUACUACGGAGAAUAUAACCAAGCUCAAAGAGGAAAAGGAACUUUUGCGACAAUCGUUAGAACAAAAGCUGAGUCAAACAAUAGCAUCACUGACAAGCGAGAGGGAAUCAUUCGAGGCCGCAGCAAGAGAGAAAGAGAAAAAGCUAUUAGCAGCCAGGGAUCAGUUAAUGUUGCAACACGACGAGGCCAUGUUAAGAGCUGAGAACGAUAAACAACAGGCUUUACUCAUGGCUCAUCAAGAACACCAGGCACUAAUUGAAAGACUUGAAGAAGCCAAACGCAUCCUCUGCUGUGAACAGAAUAAACUGGAACGCGUGCGCAGAGACGGGCAAGCAAGGUCGGAUCAGGACAGAAAUCAUAUUAACCAGUUGAAGGAUGAUUUGGCCGCUUUGAAGACCAGGUUGGAGGAAGCAAAGGCAGCAGCAGAAGACGAAUGUGCUCGUUUCGAGAAUCGCAUCAAAGAGCUUCACCUGGAGAAGGAGGCAGUGAACCGCGAGUGUCAGGAGACACGCGCGCAGUUGUCACUCGCCGAGGACAAAUACGAUGCGGCGUAUGCGCAGUUGCAGGACACUUUGCGCAAAUUGAAAGAUUUGGAAAACGAAUCAGAGAGCCUCCGCAAAGAACUGACCGACACUCGUCGUCAACUCAGCAACUGCACUGCCGAACGAGACAAGUAUAACAGCGCAUGUCGAGAAUUGCGCGAACAUGUCAAACGCGCGGAGCACGAGAGAAGGGACGCUGCCAGGGCGAGAGACGAAGCAUAUCAUAAGAUCGCGGGGUUAGAAGAAAACCGCACGACCCUGGAGCUCGAGCUAUCUCGCGUGCAAACUAUGCUGAAGGAAGCAGAAAGUGGGGGUGAACACACUGAGCGAUCUUUACGUGCAACGGAAGCGCAGUUGAAGAGAGAACGCGCGGCCUUGGAACAGGCGCAACACGAUAUCAAGGAAUUGCAAUCUCGGUUGCAAAAUGAAAGUGAAGAGCGCGAGCGUUGCGCGGGCGACGCAGCAACAGCUAAACGUCACAGCGCCGAGUUAGAGGCGAUGUUAGCCGCGGCUAGAUCCGAUUUAGCUGCGGCUAGACAACGCGGGGCUGAGCUCGAAGAGGCUUGCCGGGCUAGAGAUCAGGAGCUUGUGCUACGUUUGGAAGAUUGCAGGUCUAAGGAACGUCGCUUGGAAGAGUUAAAACAUAAUUUAGAAGUGUGUCUCGCUGAUGCUACACAGCAGAUACAGGAGCUAAAGACUCGUCUUGGCGCUAGUGAGAGCCGUUGUCGCGCGGUUGAAACGGCACUAGCUCAAACCGAAGCUGGCAGACGAGAAGCCGAAGCAAGACUGUCUUCAGUAGCACAUUCGCUUCGCAGAGUGUGUGGGAUACAGCCCGAUGGAAGCGUACACCAGGCCGCUAGACGACGUAUCGCCAGUCCUUCUAGAAGAUACAGUCCUCAUAGAGGCCGCGACCAUUCUGAAGAUCGCAACGAGAUCAUAGACGUGGAUCCCGAACUAAUCAAGAAGGGUGUUAGGAAUUUAAUGCAUGAAGUUUGCCAGAUCGAAAGAGAAAAGGAUGAUUACAAGUCUCAAGUGAGCGUAUUCAAGAAGCAACUGAAAGAGGCAACGGAGCAACAGGGUAAGGGCGAAGGGCGUAUGCAGUCACUCAACACGAACCUUCGUAGCCUGCAAGAAGAAAAGGCUAGGCUUCAAUCAACUUUGGGCCAAAAGGAUGCGCAGUUGGCCGCUUUGAACGAGUCUGUGCAGUCGAAGACCAUAGAGAUCAGUAACCUAAGAGACAAAAUCACCAGUCUGGAAGCCACUUUGAGUUCUAUUACAGAGGAGAAAGUACAAAACGAGAAUAAAUCUGAUAACCUGCGAGUGCAAUUGGCUGAACGCGUACAAGAAGUCGGCCAGUUGCGUGAAGCUUUGGCAGCAGCUGAAGGUCGUGCGGCAAGACUCGACGUGCGUCGUGCUCAACUAGAAGGCGACGUACAACGCGGAGCGGUCGCCGCUAGAGAUCGCGAUCAAGCUCUUAAGAAACUCCAAGAGCGUUGUGAAGGCCACACGCGAACAAUCGCGUCCCUAGAAGACAGGUGCACGUCCCUCAAGGGCACGGUCGAGCAGCUGUCGACGUCGCUGCAGAAAGCGGCGACCGCUGAGAGCGAGCUGCGAGCGGAGCUGAGCAAAACCCAACGGGUGCUGAACGAAGCGAAGAACAACGAGGCCAACGCGAUGGAUAAAUUGAGACAGAUGCAGAAGAAUAUUGCAAACUGUGAAAAUGAACGACGCGUCCUUUCCGAAAAGCUGGAAAGCGCUAAGGCAGCGCUGGGUGAGAUGAAACGUCUCAACUGCUCGCUAGAAGAUCAAGUGCACCGCCUCACCAAUCAGUUGGCAAACGUUGAAGCGCAGAGAGCGGAUUUCGAAUCCCAACUGCGCAUGACAACAUGGGAUGGCAAAGAGAGCAACGACAGUGAACUAGAGCGCGAACUUCACGAAUUACAACGUGAUAGAUCUGAGCUCAAGGCCAAGAACGACGCGUUACAGGACACCGUCCGGAAGUUGGAAGCGGAACGGCGUAUGAUACGUCCUUCCGUCACUUCUGCGCUUCGCAGCAAAAGUCACGAUCGGAACGAGAAGAGCGUUUACUAUUCUUCCGAUUUGGAUUCGGGAGCAGAUUCGACAAAAGAUUCACGCGUUUACAAGGAAAUUCCGUGUAAAGACAAACCCUACAGCGCUGAAUUCAGUCUACUGGAGCUUGAAAACAGGGAGCUCAAAAUGAAGAUACGUCGCUUAGAGAAGGAACUUGCUGAUAAGGAGGCAGAACUUUCACUAUCUCGGAACCGCUACUUCAGCGAUACGUCACACAACGGAGGCGCUAACAAUAGACAAGACAUAGAGCAGUACAGACAGGCAGCGUUGCAGGCGGAGCGGUUACUAGAAGCACGUGAAGCCAGCCAUAGACAACAGAUCAUCCGUCUUGAUAAUCAAUUGUCGCAGCUCCGUUCGCAACUGUCCGCUGAGAUCCGUCGCCGGCAAACGUACAUAGCACGAAGCGGGCGCGCCGCACGCGACGUACAAGGUCUACGAUCCGCACUACGGGAUUCGCUACGUACAGUGUCGCAGGAUCCAGCUUUGGACUCGUAUACCUUGGAACACGAAGCGAGGAAACUGGACAGCACCCUCACACAAAGUCUGCCACCUCUCAACGACAGCUACGACUCUUCUAAAUAAGAAAAGGUUUAUCCAAGUGUGUAAAAAAAGGUUAAAUCUUAAUUUCAUCAAACGAUUCAUAUCCCAAUCGCGUACAUUUUAAUAUUUUUUUUUGAUAUAUUACUGAAAAUUUUUAAUGUAGCAGUCUCCUUGUUACCAAACUAGACGGCGCUGCAAGAAUCAAAGUGAUCCAAUAUAUGGACAAUGGAAGUCCUACAUCGCGCUAUCGAAGUGUUACGUUUAGUUUUACUUGUACUGGAGUUGCGUUUCAUACCGUACCAAUAGAAAUAUUGUCUUCCGAGCUUGUGUUGUGCUUGGGUACCAAGGUACAAUCAUUCAAAUUAA